AUGUCCUCCCAGCCUGAAGCUGACCCGAGCCGCGUGCCCUUGGGCGAGGCUGUCAAUGUUGCCACACGAUCCCUUCAUACCAAGCUUAACAAGCUAGUCCUCAGCAGGCUGCCUUUGGCCAUGCCCCCUCGGGCCGACACGCCUUCAGUGUACAUCACCGGCCUCCUACACAUCGCGCCAAUAUACAUCACCUUCGAGUCUUUAUGGAGGGAUUAUAUCCAACAGACCAGCUCUGAGCAGACUCCUGGUGCUUCACCCGACUCCCGCCUUGAUCAAGCGCGGACUGAAUUUCACGUCCCGGAGACGCACUACUUUACGGAUGCUACGGUUCCGUCAGAACGUGCCCGGAGUUUCAAAGCAUCUGAACAAGUGAGGUCUGCGCUCAUCUAUGUCCCCGUCCAAGGGCUGGAGCGUUCUGCGAGGCUGCGAGCCGAUAUACGCAACCUGACUGGUUGGUCACCAGUCGAGGUGGAGGAGCAGCUUCGCACAAUCGCCAUGACCGGCCAUCUGUCCGUCUUUCUCCGGCACAUCGAGCGAUCUGUGGAGAAACACCCGCAGGUCUUGCUGGCUUACUCCUGGGUUCUAUACAUGGCCCUCUUUUCUGGAGGUCGCUUCAUUAGAGCAUCUCUCGAGAACGCUGGGCUCAGCUUUUGGAAAGAACUUCCCACACCCGUUCGGCCGAUGAUGCAAGAGUGCCAAAAGAUUGUUCACGCACCAUCAGACGACCCCGAAGAUGGCAAAGAGGAGAUCAUCUCGGACGAGUCACACCUCAGACGAACCCGCGCCUUCACGACCCCACCACCCGGCAAUACAAGAGCCAACCCCCUAGCAUACUUCCACUUCGAAACGAGUCGUGACGGUGAGGAUCUGAAGGUCGAGUUUAAGAGGCGGCUCGCCGAGGCCGAUGCUCUUCUCUCGGAAAAGGAGCGAGACUACGUCAUUCGUGAGGCCGUCCUCAUCUUCGAGAACUUGAUUUCCAUCAUCUCUCAGCUCGACCUGGUCUGCGGGACCAAUCUCGCCGGUUUUGGGGACAACGAGCCUGCCAACAUGGUUGUGCCGUUCUCGCCACGGCUGUCGAGCCGGUUCCGGGACAGCAUCGCGGUGUCCAAGGAGAGAGCUUGCAGGGCGGCCAUGAAGCGCGAAGAGGAGGGCAGCAGUGCCGACUCGGAGGAUGCCGAAGCCGGCAGCUUUGAGGGCCAGACGUCGAGCGACCAGGUGGCCGAGGAGCUUCGUGAGGCCAGCACAUCGCCUGCUAGCCGCUCCAGGACACCCAACAGUGUAACUUUCGAGGAAAAGUCCGCGCCGACCGACACGGUGGGCGCCAGCGGCGAGCCCUUGUCCAGGUUUUCUUUUGGCUCGACGGAUGGUGCCGCUAAUACCGGCCUGCUCAUUGUCGGGAGGCGACCGCCGGCAUCGAAGUUUUCACUCUCUGAUAGAUUUCUGUGCGUGGCUUUGAUCGCCGCUGCGCUGGCGUGGGUCAGUAUUGCGAGGUGA